AAAUAAAAAAUAAAGGACUGGUACUGGUACAGUAUUUGGGAACACAAGAAGAAAGGAGAACCUCGAGUAACCUGGUUGUCGGUUUCAAUCUCAGCAAUUAUGGCGCUUAAUUCACCGACUCGCUGCGCGGCUCCACUGACCCGCUCUGUCCCUCCUCGUUCGCCUCUCGCUUUGUUCAAUCGGACCUUGCCCAGACCCGCAUUUUCAACCGAAUCCCCGACCGCCAGGCUCGUCUCCGUUCGUUGCCAGACUCUCACUCCGGACGGCGUCCCGUCUAAGCGGCCUGUGGGUUUGGACGAGUCGGAAGCUUCGAUUGGGUCGUCGGGCUCUUCGUCCACGUCCUCCGCUAUUGAUUUUCUCACACUGUGCCAUAGUCUCAAGACCACAAAAAGAAAGGGCUGGAUCAAUCAUGGAAUAAAGGGUCCUGAGUCCAUUGCUGACCAUAUGUACCGCAUGGCUUUGAUGUCUUUGAUUGCUGGUGACGUUCCUGGCUUGAACAGAGAAAGGUGUAUCAAGAUAGCAAUUGUCCAUGACAUUGCAGAAGCUAUUGUUGGAGAUAUAACACCAGCUGAUGGCAUACCCAAAGCAGAAAAGAGCAGAAGGGAGCAAGCAGCUUUGAAUGAAAUGUGCAUAGUUCUUGGUGGAGGGAUGAGGGCUGAAGAGAUCAAAGAACUUUGGGCAGAGUAUGAAAAUAAUUCGUCCUUAGAGGCUAAUCUUGUGAAAGAUUUUGAUAAAGUUGAAAUGAUUCUGCAAGCAUUGGAAUAUGAAAUAGAACAUGGGAAGGUGCUGGAUGAGUUUUUCAUUUCUACCGCAGGAAAAUUUCAAACUGAACUAGGAAAGAGUUGGGCAGCUGAAAUCAUUUCUAGAAGAAAUUCACGGGUUGACAAGAGUCAUAACUGAUUCCCUCAUUCGGUAAUCAUUCGCAGCGAAGCCAAACCUCCUAGAAGUUGGCCGUCCCGUCGCCCAGCAGCAUUUUCCUCGGUUCACCAAUUUUUUUUGACUUCUCACAUAAAAA